AAUUUUUGCAGCAUAUUCUGCGCCAAUAUAACGGCAAUAAAUGUUGUUUGGAGAAUAAGACCUAUAAGUGAAAAUGGAUUACGAAGAUAUGAACUUAAGCGUCUUUGGCGAAAAUGCGAGUGAUUUCAAGAAUUCCAGUGGUUACAUGGAUUAUGACCGAGACGAGUCUUUCAACAUGUAUUUCUUGGAUGAGCUCAUACCAGUGGCUCUUGUGUAUGGAAUAACACUGGUCGUGGGAUUAAUUGGAAAUAUCUUAAUUAUAUACACGGUGGUGAGUUUCCGUAGGAUGAGAACCAUCAGCAAUGUCUUCUUAGCUUCUCUAGCAACGGCAGAUCUUUUGGUGGUUAUUAUAUGCGUACCAGUUAAGUUUGGACAACUAUUUUCUUACUCUUGGGCACUCGGUGAAUUUGGUUGCAAAUUUGUCCACUACGUGCAAAACGUCUCUGCAAUUUGCUCCGUUCUCACUCUCACAUCUAUGAGUGUCGAAAGAUAUUAUGCCAUUAUGCAUCCUGUAAAGUCCAGAUACCAAUGCACAAUGCGUCAGGCACGACGUCUGAUCAUAGUUAUAUGGAUUCUCUCGUUCGUUACUGCUGUACCAAUUAUAUUUGCACAAAUUCAUAUAGAAGUAGGAGAACGAUACAAAGCAUUCUGGUGUGUUCGUAAUUGGCAUCAACCAUGGCUUUGGCGAAGCUAUGAAGUCUAUAUGAUGCUUCUAAUUCUCAUCGCUCCUUCUUUAAUAAUGGGUUUCGCGUAUUCUAAAAUAUGUCACCAAUUAUGGAUAGUGAUGAAAGACAGAGCAAGCAUGGUCUCAGGUGAAAUGCCUGGUACUGAAAUAGCCCUAAAGGAAACUCAUCCAAGGAAUCAAUUUUUGACUUACAACAAUUCAAACGUUAAAAUGAAAAAGCCAAAACUUCAAAAGUUAGAAGCGGACAACACAACUGUCAAACAGGUUAUAAAAAUGUUAGUGGCUGUUGUGAUUCUUUUCAUCAUCUGUUGGGGACCGAUUCUCAUCACCAAUGUCCUCACUUCCUUCGAUAUCCUCGAUAGACUCAAUUACGGUUAUUUAAAACCCAUGAGAACAGCCUUCCAUCUCUUAUCUUACUUCAACAGUUGCAUAAAUCCCUGCGUCUAUGGGUUCCUGAGUGCUAACUUCAGAAACAGCUUCAAGGCAGCCUUUCUCACCUGCAUGUGCGGUAAGACCCAGAAGAAGAGGGUACAAAGAGCUCUGAGUCGAACAGGUACAACUUCCGUCAGCUAUGCUAGAUCUACUUUCAUCACCUGAUGGCUGAAGGGGGCGAUCACAAUUAAACCUGUGAAUAGAAUGGCUAUGGCUAUGUAGUUCGACUCUCCCUGAAGUAAUUUUGUAAGAGUUUGAGACCGCCCCUUGAGAAUGUUUCCUAUUUAUAUUGUAAUUCACUUUUUCCUCGUGUGGUUGCUAUUUAUAUUCCAUAUCUGAAAUACGUUCCCUCUUCCUAAUGAGCUUAUAUGUUAUUUAUUGAAUCAUCCACUUAAAAACCCUUCCAUAUUUAUGACAUUUUUAACUACAUGUUUCUGUGUUUGUUAGAUAGAAUUGAUGUCGAUCUUCGCAACUUUGGAUAUUUUUAAAAUACAAAGUAUACAAUGUUUCCGUCACUUUAAGAAAUUAACAAAGUAGUGGAGAGCAUACACAAUACACUAAUGGUUCACCUAAUGUCCCAUUUGGAAGUAACCAGAAUGUGCCAGAAAUAGAACUAUACUACAUAAGACAUGAGAAAAGUGAACAUAAUGUAGUCACUGUUCAGGAUAUGUCAGUGUUUAACAGCAUGUCAAUGUGAACAGCGGAACUUAAACAGUAUCCGAAAAGAAUGGACCAGAUGUAGUUACCAAAUUAGGUGAUGAAGUAAUAAGUACAUAAAUAAUGAAAUGUAGCUUCAAAACCUAGUAUGUCAUUAUUCGAAAAAGAAAAAAAAAAGUAUGUAUCGAGACAUGGAUGUCAUUACUCAAAAACAGGUCAACAAAAUGCGGAUACUAAGCCUGGUAUGUCAAUAUAAAACAAUAGUGAUGGAGCAGUGUUCAAAACCAAACCAAACCUAGGUAUUAAGCGAAACAUCUCAGUAUUUAUCUGUGUAUAUUUUCAAAGAUAUCUUGAGUGAGAAAAUGUCUUAUCAUAAAAUAACAAUACUUUUUUUAAAAAUUGAACUGGGGGAGAUUAUGUUACUGUCCAUUGAGCAUCAAAAAAUUCUUAUCAGUUCAUCUAUACAGUAAAAAUUUCGAACCCAAUCAUAGUACCGGUACUCAAGGUGCUGGUACGUUGUACAUAAACUCCAUUUUUAGCGGAAUGCCACUAAAUAAAAAACUUGAUGAAACAAAACAAAAAAACAAUAGCCACAGAAAAAAAGCCUGAUAUACAGUAAUGAUUACAGUUAUAUUGCUGAAUCACUUUAAUUAUAGGAAAAUUACUGUAAAAAUUAUGGUAUAAUAUUUUAUAGAUGAUGCACCCAUAGUGCCGGAAUUUUUGACAGUGUAUCUAAAAUUGAGAUUAGAGGAGUUACACUGCUCUAAAGAAUAUGAUCGUAUCUAAAUUCCCAAUGAAGAGGUACAUAAACAUUUUUAAGUAUUCUAUUUUUUGUAUUUAUGUACAUGGUAAUAUCAUUACGGUAUCAAAUGUUUUAUUUCCACAUGGUAACUUUAAAAAAAAAAUUUAAGAAUCGCUUUAAAAAUUUAACGGUUGUAAUUAGAUGCAUUUUUGUUUUAAAAUUAAAACUUCUUUGAAGAAAUUAAAAAAAAAAAACUUUACUGCAACUUGAUUUGUCAUUCAAAUAGUCGAAUUAAAUUUAUUUUUAGAAUCAAAAUUUAUAUUUAAAGCGUACUGAUGUUGGCUAGAAUAAUUAAGAAAACAAUGAAUUAGUUAUAGGUCACUAAAAUAGCUCAAAAUCUGAUGACCAAUCUGUCAAAAUCUAGAUGGCAGAUGCAAUUUCCUUUAAAAAAAAUAAUGAAAAAGUUUCGUUGUCAUUCUAUUGUGCAGAUAAUUAUUUUCCAUCCUAUAAUGUAGAUAAAUUUGACGAACAUUCCUAAAACUGUCAAAAUUUGUCUUCAAAGAAUAUGCUAUGUAUAUAUAUAAGGGAACAAUAUGAGCAUCUUAUUGAUAUUCUUAUUAAAAGUGAAUUUAUUUAUGCAAAUUCCUAACAUCCUCUGACUAAUAUGCAUAUAUUAAAUGUGAACACGAUUAAAGUUGAGUAUUUAAAGAGAGUGAUAAUGAAUGAUGAAUUGUAUUUUAAUGUGACAAAGAAGGGUUGGCUUUAAAGAACAUGUUCUGUUUCUGAACAUGUUCAGCUAGUCAAUUUAAAAAGUAUCCUUCUUAAGGUUUGAAGUAUGCAACCAUGAAAAGUUUUUUGAUUCAUAUUACAUCUUAUAUAUCUUAAGAUAGAGUUAGUAAUUUAUUUUUUUUAUUUUCCAAUGUAUUUUGAAAAUUAUCAAAUUACUUUAAAUACCACGACGCUAAUAAAAUAAAAUGCAAUUAAACUCAAGAUUAACAUGUCUACAUUAAAAUAUAUUAUAAUUAAUAUAUUUUCUAGCCUAUAUUAUAUCUGUAACAAGAUAGAAUUUCAAUAUAGUACAUCUUUUAGGAAAAUAUAAAACUUUUAAAAAGUGCUGAAUGAUAUCUGAUUAAUUCUUAUUGUAUAUUUGAAUAUAUUUAUAACGAACACUACUGCAUAUUUCAAUAUUAUACUUAUCCUUUGAAAGUUUUGCAUUAUAUAUAGUUUAAAAUUAAAUAACUUUUGAACAAUAGCAUAAAAUAAUUAUAUAAUUUUAAUGAUGUAAGUAAACAAGCAGGUAAAUAAAUCUUGUCGUUUUUGCCUUUGCUAGAUAAAUACAAUCAAAUUUAAUUAUUUUUAACCAAAUCUAUAAAAAUACGCUGAGAUUUGAUAAUAUAAUGAAGUCAUAAAGAACAAGGUUAAGAUAAUGGGAAAGAGAAAACGUUUUACUAGUUUAACAAUGGAAUCGUAAUUCCAAAUUAAACUUUUUCAGUAGGAAAAGCAAAGUUUCAAGAAACUGCCUAUAUAAACACAUUUUUCGUUUAUGCUGGAAGCCUCCUGUAAUUUUUAUGUAAACUCUAAGAGAUUUGGAAGAUCAAAGUAUUGCAUAAUUUGUGGUCAAAAUGAAAGUCAAGUAAAAUCAAUAUCGUUUUUUUCAUACCAUUUAUAAACUUUCAUUGAUGUAAAUGGUAGAAAUAUGUGUAAAAACUGAUUCCAUAUAAACCGAAUUGUAAUUCUUUGUGACCAAUAAAUA